UACUAGACUAUAAAACUAGGCCUCUAUUGUCUAUUCCUUCAUUGGUAAUUGGAUUUACUGCGGCCAUGGCUGGAGGCAACUUGAAGAAUGCAGUGAUAGCAUUUCUCGCUCCCCUUCCCUCCAUUCUCUUCUACCUCAUAUUCCUCAGCAACCACCAUAGCCAAACUAAUGAGAGCUUCCUCUCUCCUCUCUGGACAUGGUGCUAUCACCACCCUCUUCUCCUAGCCAACGUUUUCUUCUUCCUCAACAUCAACGUCCUCUUCUGGGUCAUCAGCCAAGCUCUUUCCAGCCACUGGAUGAUCGAUUUGUACUGGACUGUGAUCCCUGUAAUGCUCGUUCACUACUAUGGAUCUCAUCCUCUGGCUGAUUACAACCGGUGGCGGUCGACGAUUGCAAUUUCGCUGACUUGGGUUUGGAGCCUCAGGCUUAGCCACAACUACUUUAGGCGGGAAAAUUGGCAAUGGGGUGCCAGGGAGGACUGGCGGUUCACAGAUAUGAGCUCACAGUACGGCAAACAUUGGUGGUGGGUUUCCUUCUUCGCCGUUUACCUCUCUCAACAGGUUUUUAUAAUUGGGAUAUGCCUUCCAUUCUAUGUAAUCCACUCAGUUAAUGUGCCACUGAACAUAUGGGAUUUUGUUGCCGUCAUAGUCUGCAUUACUGGCAUUGUUGUAGCAUACUUAGCUGACACGCAGCUCCAUGACUUUGUGAGCCGAAACAACAAGCUGAAAGAGCUUGGAAAGCCCGUUGUUCCGAAUCUUGACGAAGGGUUGUGGCACUAUUCGCGGCAUCCCAACUACUUCGGAGAGCAAUUGUGGUGGUGGGGAUUAGUCAUAUUUGCAUGGAACUUGGGACAUGGAUGGGCCUUUGUUGGGUCUCUGGUCAAUACAAUGUGUUUAGCUUAUGUGACUAUACUUGUCGAACGCCGAAUGCUGAAACAAGAUUACCGAGUAGAAGCAUACAGGCGGUAUCAGAAGACAACCUCAGUGUGGAUACCUUGGUUCAAGUCAUCUCCAGGAGGAAAAGAUAAGAACGCUUAAUUGAUAAUCCUUUCGGUGUGUUACGCUUUGCUAGUUAUUUUUAUCUGCAAUCUAUCCAUAAUCUGUGUUCGUGUCUUAUAAUGUCCUAUGUUCAAAAGUUGUCAUCAACUGGUAUUUGUUUGAAAGAAAUGAAUGCAAGUUGGAUUUUAUUUGUGAUAA